UGCAAGGAUCAACAACAGACAAUGGCAGAGGUAAAGAUUAUUGGGUCAGCUGCAAGCCUCUUCUCUGUAAGGGUUGAAUGGGCCUUGAAGCUCAAAGGAAUUGAGUAUGAGUACAUACCUGAAGACGUGAGAAACAAAAGUGAGCUGCUUCUCAAGUCCAACCCUGUGCACAAAAAAAUACCUGUGCUCUUGCACCAUGGCAAACCCAUCUCCGAGUCGCUUCUCAUCCUCGAAUACAUCGACGAGACGUGGAAGGACAACCCGCUCAUGCCUGAAGAUCCAUAUAACAGAGCCAUGGCUCGCUUCUGGGCUAAGUUUUUAGAUGAGAAGGGCCUGCUGGGUGCCUGGGAAGCAUGCCAGGCUGAAGGAGAAGAGAAGGAGAAGGCUGUGGAGGCUGCAAUACAGAAUUUGGCAUUGCUUGACAAAGAAAUCCAAGGAAAGAAAUUCUUUGGUGGAGAUAAGAUUGGUUACCUGGAUUUAGCUGCAGGGUGGAUGUGCCACUGGCUCAGUGUUCUUGAUGAAGUUGGAGAAAUGAAGGUGUUUGAUAAAGACAGGGUCCCAUCCCUUCAUGAAUGGGUUCAAGACUUCGUACACAUUCCAGUUAUCAAAGAAUCCCUUCCACCCAGAGAAGAUCUUGUCACCUACUUCAAGGGGAGUCUGAGCUACGUCCGGUCGUUAGCUGCAAAUAAGCAAUAGGAUGCCUCAUCCUGCAUUUAUAUCUCAUUUCCAAUAAUCCUGGAGUCAUAUGAAUCUGUUCUUUUUUUCCUUUUAUUUAUUUGAUGGUUUUUUUUUUGCUAUUUUAAUCGAUUAUUAUAGGAUAAAACAAUUGCACUUCCUCGGGACAUUUACAAGUGAUUGUGCAGCAAUCACUCUCACCACUGAGUGAGUCAACCCAUUCAAAUUUGCGUAGCCUCUAGUUGGAUGACGUAUACCUAAGCCUCUAGCCUCUUUUGAGAAGAAAGUUUUAGAAAACGGGCAGAGAGAUUUUCGAAACAGAGUUUGAAAGCAAGCAUGAAAGCAAUGUUAUAGGCUAGUAAGCAAGAAAGACAACAUAACGGCUUAAAUAGCAUAUAACUCGUAGGAAGAGUAGGUUAUCUAAUUGAUUCGUCAACAGCUGAGUAUUUCUAGGUUUGCUUGUUGCCAUCCAAGUAAAUAAUUGAAGGUUUAAAGCGAACACCAAAUUUUAGAGAAAGAGAAGCAAAGCUGUAACAAUUUGGCCCGUUACGUAUCGC